CCUCUUCUACAUCUUUGACCUGCCUCCCGUGAGCCUCUGCUCUCUUCCCCAGUUCAUCCCGGUUCUUUCCCAGCAGCUCCCGCGCAGCGUCCUAGACUUGUCGGACUCUAGAGUGGCAAGAUGUCUACCCAACCACCACUUUCUGUUCCGCUCAAAGAACAGAGACUCCUAGAUGUCAAACUGCACCAGCUGCCAGCCUGGAUAAUGAAGCGGGACUUUACCCCCAGUGGGAUUGUUAAAGCUUUUCGUAGAGGUUAUGAUGCAUAUUUUAAUAAGUAUAUUGAUGUGAAGAAAGGUGGGAUUGGAGGUGUUUCUAUGGUGCUUGCUGCUUACAUCCUGCUCAAUUAUUGUGCGGCUUACAAGGAGCUUAAACAUGAACGGAGACGAAAAUACCACUGAAAAUUCAAGACACUUUAGAUGAUGAAUAUGAACCCCAGGCUUACAGAAUUUUGCAGUUGUAACUCUUCUUGAUGAACAUCACUUGAUGUACUAACUAGGGCCAAAUAUUCAAUAUAAAGGAUGUAUUUAAAUCUG